CGGCUGUGAAGCCAUAGAAGAAGAGGAAGUACGUAAGCAGAGAAGAAGGGAAGUUCGGCUCUCAGCUAAAAGUUAAAAGUUAUCGAUCAGAGAUCAGAGUGGGAGCACGGAUCUAUAGAUCAGUGAUCGGAGAUGUAUUACUAUCGCUAUGAAAACGCUGAGAUCAACUGCUGCUACAAAUACCUGAUGUUCAGCUACAACAUCAUCUUCUGGCUUGCUGGCGUUGCAUUCAUUGCAGCGGGUUUUUGGGCAUGGAGUGAGAAGGGAGUACUGAUGGACCUGACCCAGGUGACUCAGCUGCACGGGUUUGACCCAGUUUGGUUGGUUCUGGCAGUUGGUGGAAUCACCUUCAUCCUGGGCUUCGCCGGCUGUGUGGGAGCACUGAGAGAAAACAUCUGUCUGCUGAAGUUUUUUUCAGGUGUGAUUGGCUUGAUCUUCUUCCUGGAGCUGACAGCGGCAGUGCUGGUGGUGGUUUUCCAGAGUCAGGUCAGAGCAUGGAUUAACGAGUUCUUUGUGGCAAACAUCAAGGCGUACAGAGACGACAUCGACCUGCAGAACCUUAUCGACUCUCUGCAGAGGAUGAACUCCUGCUGUGGUGCACAGAGCCCAGGGGACUGGGAUGAGAAUGUGUAUUUCAGCUGUAAUGACAGUAACCGCAGCAGAGAGAGGUGCGGCGUUCCGUUCUCUUGUUGCGUCCAAGAUCCUGCAGACUCUGUGGUGAAUACGCAGUGUGGCUAUGAUGUGAGGAGCAAACAAAAGGGGCAAUGGAGUAACCAUAUCUAUACCAAAGGCUGCAUCGCGGCAUUGGAGGACUGGUUACCCAGAAACCUCUACACAGUGGCCAUCGUCUUUGUGGUUAUCUCGCUGCUACAGAUGGUGGGGAUCUACCUGGCCAGGACUCUGAUUGCAGACAUCGAAAAGGUCAAAUUUAGCUACUGAAGCCUGAAAGGGGUGGAGCUUACACAGGUGUUACAGGACCAAGUUUCUUCAGCUGUGCCUUCUCUUCCUCCUCUGAUGUCAUUGCCAUAGUACCUGAAACAUGACAUUCUGUUUGUAGACUGAGAACAUGCAGCGGUACUGAAAGGUGAAGCCACUUCCUGUUUGUAUGUUUGUUUGUUUGUUUGGAGUCAUGUGACGGAGCCCCACCCCGGGCUGCCUCAGUGAAUCUUUAUGAACCAGUGUGACCUUUGACCUGCUGACCUUACUACUCAGUGCCUCCUUCAUCAUCCUCAUCAGAGCUCAGGUCUUCUUCUGCUGCAGUCUGAGGAUCAUUAGUACCUCACCUCCAUCAGUCAGCUGAUUGUCUGUGAUGUCAUCUGUGAUGUCAUCACAGGGUGACAGAAGGCUGAAGAUGAGUUUGAACCUGGACAGACAUAAUGGACUGUUCCUGUAAAAUUUGUCAGGUGAUCAUGUGCUUAAUUCAACUUUUAUUGACACUGGAUUGUGGUUAAUUAGUUUUGAAAGUUUUGUUUGAAUAAAUAUUUCAGUACUUCUAUUUUUGAAACUUUCUGCUUUUGGUUCCUGUUUUAAAGGCUUUUAUUUUUAAGGGACACUUAAUAAAGUGAAUUUCUACCUUUUUGUAUUCACCAAAA